UCUACGCACCACCAUUUUUGUUUGCGGAUGAUAACCAGUAAAGAAAAGACAACAAAUCGGAUUAAACAAUUGCCUUAAGAUGUACAACGGGAUGGUGAGAACCAUCCGCGACAGCGUCGUGGGCACCUAUCCGUCCUGCCACGUGACCUCGCGGCUGGAGGAGCGCAGGGCCAAGCAGAGGGCGAUGCGCCAGGAGCGCAGAAGGAAACCGGACAAGCCAGACGACUUUGUCACCUACGAGGAUUCCGGCAGCGACGAGGAGACGCCCCAGCAGCAGGAGGAGGUCCUGAACACAUCGUACAACCUGUGCGACUACCUGCGCAGCCGGGAGAGUGGUCUCCGGGAUCGUCGCAGCGUCAAUGUGGAGUACACCAGCCGCUACGUGCUAACCCACGACAUGCUGCGCGAGACGCAGAUCAGUCUCGGCUACAUCAACAAGGUCUUCUGCUCCAAGUGGCUGAGCAGUCGACAAGUGGUUUUCGGGACCAAGUGCAACAAACUGCUCGUCUACGAUGUCAACAUGCGCCGCGUGGACGCCAUACCCACGCUCUCCAAUAGCCGGGCAAACCAUCCUGAGGUCCAGGGUGGCUUGCACGCCAUCGAGCUGUCGCCCAGCCGAUCCUUCCUAGCCACCGGGGCGCGCAACUCCUCCGACAUUGCUGUGUACCGACUGCCUACGCUAGAUCCCGUGUGCGUAGGCGAAGGUGGGCACCGCGAUCUUAUAAUGGGCAUGUGCUGGCUGGAUGACCAGUUUCUUGUGUCCGGAUCGAAGGACUCUCGCAUGGCUCUGUGGCGGAUCAACGAGGACCACAUGGAGUUUCCGGAUGGUGGGGAGGAAGCAUGUCCCACCUUUGCCACGAUUCACCCCCUUAGUGUCAAGGAAGUUCGCACUGCCCAGAGGAUUCGCUCUCUUUGCUUCAACAAGGAAUUUAAGGAGAUUGCCGCCCUCUCGCUGAACGGAUACAUUCACAUAUUUAAUGCGGAAACAUUCAAGCAAACGCUCUCCCGAAAGCUGCCAAACUGCCAGGACAACGUGAGCAUCGCGUACCACAGUGACGGCCUUUACGCCGUGGGAUGCCGUUCCUAUACCAUCCUUUUGGACGCCCGAACCCUUCAAACCAUUAAGAAGAUCACAUCUCGAUACAGUGGCUGCGGAAUACGGGCCACCUCUUUCGAGGGUAACCUGCUCACCGUUGGCACAGGUCUGGGCAUGCUCUUGUUCUACGACAUUCGCGCCGGAAAGUAUUUGGAGAGCAGUGUAAAUGCCUCGCGCACAGUCGCAUUGAAGUGUAGCAAGGGAAUUGUGUAUCCGGAGGACGAGAUGGAUGGCUUCCAGCAGGUGAAGUAUGUGCCCGCCAUCUACACCCACUGCUAUGAUAGCACUCGGAUGCGCCUGUUCGCUGCGGGAGGACCACUGCCGGCGACUUUGGUGGGCAACUAUGCGGGCGUUUGGCAAUAGAUUAGCAUAGGAUGCGAUCCGGGCUCACAAUACUGAUUAGUAUUUAAGUACAUAGUUAUUCGUAGUUAUUCGACUUGUGAUCUUUAAUCUUUUGGCGCAUUUCGAUUCAAAUCGUUCACCUGCAUAUGUAUUCCGCCAAGACAGAUUUUUAUUUAACUUGAUUACUCACUUUUGGUUUUAAUAAAAUUUAUG